AUGCCGUCUAACGAAUCCCUUUAUAACGAGGCUAUCAAUGUCGAUCCCGGCCAAUAUGCAUUCAAAGAGCGUAAGCUCCGUGUUAUCUGCAUAGGGGCGGGGUUCUCUGGCCUGAUCCUUGCUCAUAAACUGAAACACGAACAGCCACUUGAUUUCGUGGACUUUACGAUCUACGAAAAGAACUCCGAAGUUGGAGGCGCAUGGCUCGAGAAUGUCUAUCCCGGUGUUGGAUGCGAUGUUCCUGCCCACAGCUAUGUCUUCCCAUUCGAGCCCAAUCCAAACUGGUCCAAAUGCUAUGUUGGUGGUGCCGAGAUCGAGCAAUACAUUGUCAACACGGUAGACAAGUACGGAUUGAAAGAUCCGAUCGUGUUUGAUACAAAGCUCGUCAAGUCUAUUUGGAAUGAGGAGCGAGGUAAAUGGGCGCUCGACCUCAAACAGAAUGACAAGUCUAUUCAAGAUGAAGCCGACGUUCUCAUCGAUGGCUCUGGUAUUCUGAACCGAUGGAAUAUGCCGAACAUCCCCGGUUUGGACAACUUCGCUGGCAAGCUUGUUCACACAGCUGGUUGGGACAAAACGUACGACUGGACUGACAAGAAGGUCGCGGUCAUUGGAAAUGGCUCAUCCGCUCUUCAAGUUGUUCCUGCACUCCAACCAAAGGCUGCAAAAAUUGUCAAUUACAUCCGUAACCCAACCUGGGUCUCGGUCAACCUCUGUCCAGACAUCACGAAAGAUGGAAUGGGAACCAACUUUGAAUAUACCGAGGAAGAGAAAGCGCAGUUCCGAGACGACCCACAAUCAUUCCUGGAGUACAGGAAAAAAGUCGACAACUCUGUCAACACCGUCUACCGACUGAUGUUAUCUGGCUCUGAGCAUAAUAAAAUGUUAUACGAUGCGAUCUCAGGACUCAUGCGCCAACGUCUCAGUCAGAAUCCCCACCUGAUUGACAAACUCAUCCCGAAGUACGAAAUCGGAUGUCGCAGACUAAGCCCUGGAGAUGGAUAUCUCGAAUCGAUGCAGCAACCAAAUGCCGAAUGGUGCUUUGAAGGUAUUGAGGAGAUCACCAAGACCGGCAUUCGCACAGCCGCGGGCGAAGAGGAGUUCGACUUGAUUGUCUGCGCAACUGGCUUUGAUACCACCUUCAUUCCUGGAUGGGAGAUGGUGGGUCGAGAAGGUCGACGACUCGACGUGGAGUGGAAGAAGACACCCGAGGCAUACUUCUCUAUCUGUGCCGGCGGAGUACCAAACUACUUCAUAUUCAAUGGACCCAACUGUCCGAUUGGCCAUGGAAGCGUGCCCCAGAUGAUCGGCUGGACUGCUGAUUACAUGCUGAAAUGGGUGAAGAAGAUGGCUCGGGAGGAUAUCAAGUCCGUCACAGUAACCGAUUCCGCUGUUCGAAACUACAACCGUCGUGCGCAAGCGGGUCUAAAACGCACUGUCUGGAGCAAGGCUUGUCAUGCUUGGUAUAAUAACGGACAAGCUGUUACGGCGAUGUAUCCAGGCAUGGCUAUUGAAGAUAUUCGGGGUGAAGACUUCGAUAUCAGACACAACAACACCUUGGAUCCGUUCUCGUAUCUUGGAAAUGGAGAACUAGAGUGGGAGAGACAAGAUGGUGCGGAUUUGUCAUUCUAUUUGAAAUAG